UUAGAAAUAGGAACCUGGGAGAGUCCUGAAGUGAGUGGUGUUCAGCCGCUGCCUAGGACGUUUCACACCUCCUCAGCAGCUAUAGGAGACUGUCUGUACGUGUUCGGAGGGGGAGAUAAAGGAGCAGAACCAGUCAAGGACCAGCAGCUUCACGUGUUUGACACAGCCACCAUGACCUGGUCCCAGCCAGAUACUCAUGGGGAUCCCCCCUCUCCUCGGCAUGGACACAUUGUGGUUGCAGUUGGGACCAAACUCUUCAUCCAUGGAGGUUUAGCUGGUGAUGUUUUUUACAAUGAUCUGUUCUGCAUUGAUAUAAAUGAGAUGAGGUGGGUUAAGAUACCGGCCACUGGUGACAUCCCGGGAGGACGGGCAUCCCACUCAUCAGCUGUGUUUAAAGACCACUUGUACAUUUUUGGUGGAAUAGGUCCAGAUGGGACACUAGAUACCACGUACAAGUAUCACAUAGAGAAGCAGCAGUGGACGCUCCUGCAGUUUGAAUCCCCUCUGCCCGCUGGGAGGCUGGACCACGCCAUGUGUGUCAUUCCCUGGCACGCUGGCAAGAGUGGAGACGCGGGAGCUGUCACCUGGGAAGACGAAGCUGGGAAUGAGUCGACUGUGUCAGCGGGUGACACAGCUGAGCCCCUCCAGAAGAGCCCAAAGGAGGAGGGGUGCGCUGAAGACACAGUCGUGCAUCUCCUGCUAGUAUUUGGUGGGAUGGACAUGCAGGGGGAAAUACACAGGGACUGUGUUGUCAGUCUGAUCGAGUAG